AUGGCUGCUUUUCCUGUACCCAAUCCUCCCAUUAAUGCUGGGAACGUUGAUGAUGUUCAAGAACUGAGAAAAAAUCAACCGAACAUAAUUCCUGAAAGAUUUGUACGAGAUAUAACAGAAAGACCAACACUUGGGAGAUCCCUAUCAGCAUCACUUUCAAUAAUGCCCAGUAUUGAUUUUUUCAGGCUUACAAGAGGAAACAAGGAAGAAAUCCUUUAUGAAAUUUCUAGACUUGCAUAUGCUUGUGAGAAGUGGGGUUUUUUUCAGUUACUUAGUGCCAUUGACGGCAGUUUUAUGGAGAGCAUAGAGGAGAGCACAAGGGAGUUUUUCAUGCUACCUUUGGAAGAAAAAAAGAAAUACGCAUUGACUCCAGGUACAGUUCAAGGUUAUGGCCAGGCUUUUGUUUUCUCGGAGGACCAGAAGUUGGAUUGGUGCAACAUGCUUGGUCUUGUAAUUAAACCUGAUUUUCUAAGGUACUCACAUCUAUGGCCAAAGAGGCCAGCCAACUUCAGUGAAACAGUGGAAGAGUACUCAAAAGAAGUAAGGAAAGUAUGCCAGACAAUGCUGAAAUACAUAGCUAUAGGGCUGGGCUUGAAAGGGGAUGUCUUUGAGAAGAUGUUUGGUGAGGCAAUGCAAGCCGUUAGGAUAAAUUACUACCCUCCUUGUUCAAGACCUGAUCUUGUAUUGGGUCUGAGUCCCCAUUCAGAUGGAAGUGCUCUAAGUGUGCUGCAUCAAUCAAGCGGAAGCCCAGUGGGACUUCAAAUACUGAAGGACGAUACCUGGGUGCCUGUCAAUUCAAUGCCUUAUGGCCUUAUCAUGAACAUUGGUGACACAAUGGAAGUUCUGACAAAUGGAAAAUACAAGAGUGUGGAGCAUAGAGUUGUGGUUGAUGAAGAGAGAGAUCGACUUUCAAUUGCGUCAUAUUAUGCUCCUAGCCAUGAGGUGGAGAUAAGUCCAAUGCCACAAUUCGUGAAUCAAAACAACCCAAGAAAGUUUAGAAGCUACAAUCAUGGAGAGUACACUGCACACUAUGCAGCAAACAGGUUACAGGGGAAAAAGGCCUUGGACUUCGCCAAAAUCUGA